GUACGUGGACGAGAUGCAGAUCGCCACGGUUAUCGGAUCAUUCCUGCUACUACUAACCUUUACCAAUGAAGAUGUUGCAUGCCAGACAUCAUCUUUGAAACCGCUAUCAACUUCCUCGUCUUCCCCGAUGAUUUCUUCAAGUUCACAGCGGCCUUAUCGACGUCCUACAAGGAGGCCUUUUAAUCAAGAAACUGCCCUUCGCAGACACGUGGUAAAAAAUGGGAAAAUCCAAUCAUCUAAUGUGCCACCCACUCCAAUGUUCAGUAACAUAACAGAGGUCACGCUUCGUCUGCUAGCCCAUGGAAUCUCCCGUAUCGAAGGGAUCCCCCAUCAAUUGCAUCUGGACGGUCUCGUCUGUUUGGAAUGGCACAAUAUGGCCUUAAUAUGGGCAGAAGCAGCCUACAAGAAUGUGGAUCGAAUUCCAGCCUAUUACUGGGAAAUUUGGACGCCGCGUCUGAUAUACUAUUACCGAAAUGGAGGGUCGCAGAGGCAUACCAAUUCGAGAAAAUGGGUCACUGUUAAAGCGAGCGGAAUGUGUGAAUGGUGUUAUCCCGUACGUAUUGUUUUUAACUGCGAACAAGUUGAAUUCAGAAGCAGCCUAUGUAAGGCGUACCUACGGCUCUUCGGAUAUCCUGACGCUCAAAUCAAGUUUAAAACAAGGGGCAGCCCGGUGCUCACGCAGCGCUUAGAGCUUCCGGAUCUCAAAAUCAACACUUUGAGCUACCAGAAUACCUACAACAGCUCCAUAGUGCCUGCUAUGAUUAGUGACGAACUAUCCCUAGUAAUGACAACAGUCGAGGGUCACCCUUUGGAUUUCGCCACCUUGACGUGGCCUAUGAUGUGUAUUGUGAUAGCCACAUUGCUGGCUGGUAGUGCUUGUGCCAAUGGAAAUAGCAAGACAAGAAAUAUCUGCAGAGUUAACCUACAUUCCGGAUUCACUGAUCGCUACCCGAUCUGCAUGAGCGAUUUUUUCAAUUUGUUCUCGUUGCGCGUGUGGAUCGGUCUGUUUACUGGAAUUGUCUGUUGCUUUUCUCUGGGCGAUUACCGCGAACCAAUGAGGCUGGCCAAUGCGCCAUUUCUUUCGUGGUUGCUCGCCUUACUUGGAUCACUCGGCAUCAUCUUGCUAGGGAAGAAGAUAUACGUAUCGAUACAAUUUCAUCUCCAUUAACGGCCGAUAAAAACUUACGUACACUUAUUUGAUAACAAGGUCUACGUAUCGCGCCUGUCUUCGCAGUCGUAGGCGUCGUUCUUCGAACACGGAUACAAUGAUAGAUACUAUAGAACGUGUAGUAGCUUUAGCAUCAUGCUGUAAAGAAGAAGAUUAGUUUUGAAACUGAAGGAGUGAAAUGCAUCUUUUUUCCUUUAGCUGGAACGAGCACAGGCGAAUAAUAGAGAUAAAGAAAGAGACCAAUCUUUUGGGAAGCUUGAAAACGAUCUAAAUGGUUUUUUGGUUUAGACGAUAGGUACUUCAACAUGUACAGAGUAAUCCAGUUUCUUCAUGGUGUAAAAGUAAUUCGAUUUGCUAGUAAUCAUAGUAUAGGCGUGUCACGACAAAAGAUUUGUGUUGGCCUUGGCGACUUUAUGAUUUGGCCAAAUGUUGUUUCGUCGGUGAAAGCGUAUCUAAUUAUUGAGUUACGCUUCAAUGAUAUCUACGCAACAAAAGGUAGAAUCGUCAAGGUUCACUUCACCGUAAGCUGGCUCUAUUCAUCGAACAAUGUUUAUGUCCUAAACCGAUGUUCUCAAGACAUUUUUGGGCGGGACAUUAACAGCAGAAACGACCAGGCAAACUUUACAUGAUUUAUGAUGCAUCCUAACCGAUCGUAAGUUAAUGUUGUUAUAAAAAUAGAUGAUGAUUCGUAUUUACUUAGCUAAAGCAAGUAUUAGCUGGUCACAAACUAAACGGACUCAAGUGACUGGCACAGCAAAUGCCCGUAUAGAAGGCAAGACAUUCGAACGGUAUAGUAGAACCGUCUAAUUUUUAAAACUUAUAUAGAUAUUUAGUUGGAUUAUUUCAUAAAAACUCAUGUGAUAACGUAACUAUUCUAUGAUGAAGGAUGAAAUGAAUGAGCUAUGGACGUUCAUAGAACGUUAGAAACGUCGACACUCAUAGCUGUGCUUCAAGUUAACGGUGUUGCACAAAGCUCUCAUGAUCCUAAUCCUUUUACUAAGGAGGCAUUUCGUAUGAGCUCCAAGAAUACAUUGUAGAAUUUCAAAUGAUAAAAAAUAACUAGAAAAACGUGUCUGUGCACAGUGAGAACUUUAUAGCUUAUCAAACGAUUAUUCCAUUUCAAAGGUAGGUCAAAAAUUUCGAAGCUUUAAAGCUCUAUUGAACGGCUUUCGUUACGUCGAUGAAUGUUAUGUUUGGGUAUAUUAUAAUCAAGUCACUUUGAAGCACUAGGGUUCCUCUCGUGCACUUCAGUCCAAUACGAGUAAAAAGUACCAUCAAACUUGGUGUUAGUGUCCAAACGCAAGGUAGUAUUCUGUGCAGCAAAACGACGAGAACUACUUUAUGGAGUAAGAAAAUAGGCUUUAACCGGUGUAUAUUGUUCAACACGUUCGCCUAGAAAACUAGAAAAGCGAAUAAAUAAUCUUGCAUAACCUGGAAAAUAAUAAUAAUAAUUUAAUAACCUGAAAAAUUGACUGGGCGGGCAAGAAAAGCAAGAAGUAACUGAAUGCGAAGGAGUUUUCAGUUGAGGUGUCGUACCGACAAGGAGUGUGGGACUCGAAUCAUGAGGCAAUUUUGGUACUAAUAAAAUAGCCCUUUCAGAUCCCACUUUCUUUAACGUAUCGGAGAACAACAAAACAUUGCCCACGUUUUAAAAUUGCCUUAGUUGUGAAAUGUCAGAUAGCCUAAAAAAUAACCAACCAAAUUAAAGCACUCUAAUUGACAUCCUCUCCUGAAAAAAUGCUACUUAUUCCAAGUGGCAGAUUUGAGACCUUUUUCCGUAAAAAAAAAAAAAGAAAAAAAAAGAAAAAAAACGUUAAAGCAGAACCGAGAUCUCAAUUCGAAAUCGAUCCCGUUUAGUUAUUACUCCAUGUUUUAAAAAUAUUGAUGAAUAUCGCUUUCUAGAAUAUUGUACUCUACCUCGACCGAUUUCGAAAUCAAUCAAAGACAAAAGAACCCAAACCGACCUUCGUAUACAAAGAGACAUAAGGGGUAGGAACUAAUUCGCAAAUACAAAUAUAGGUAGUA